GGCGACAGUUGGUUCGGUUGGAGCCGAGCGAAGCAGGGACCUUCCCGCCCGACCCCGACCCGCCGCAGAGGAGACGGGGAGCAGCCGAAGGAAUGGAAAGGAAGCGAGCAGAUGGAAUGGAAAAAGCACCUCAAAGCACAGUUCCAAUCCUAUUUUACAUGUAACAGAUUUUUGAAGAUCUGGUGCUCACAAUAGAACCCUGAACACUUGCAAGCUCUCCAAACGUAGAAAUGUCUGGAUCAUAUGAUGAUUCUGUUGGAGUAGAGGUUUCUAGUGAUAGCUUCUGGGAGGUUGGAAAUUAUAAACGUACAGUAAAACGAAUUGAUGAUGGUCACAGACUUUGCAGCGAUCUCAUGAACUGUAUUCAUGAACGUGCAAGAAUAGAGAAGGCCUAUGCUCAGCAACUUACAGAAUGGGCAAAAAGAUGGAAACAACUUGUGGAAAAAGGUCCACAGUAUGGAACAGUAGAAAAGGCUUGGCAUGCAGUUAUGUCAGAAGCUGAAAAAGUGAGUGAAUUACAUCUAGACAUAAAAGGUGCACUGAUGAAUGAGGACUUCGAAAAGAUCAAGAACUGGCAGAAGGAGGCCUUUCAUAAGCAAAUGAUAGGAGGAUUUAAGGAAACGAAAGAAGCAGAAGAUGGAUACAGAAAGGCACAGAAGCCCUGGGCGAAAAAGCUAAAAGAGGUGGAAGCUGCUAAGAAAGCAUACCAUGCAGCAUGCAAAGAAGAGAAACUGGCUAUAUCCCGAGAAAUGAACAGCAAAGCAGAUCCAGCACUGAAUCCAGAACAACUUAAGAAAUUACAAGACAAAGUGGAAAAAAGCAAACAAGAUGUGCUAAAGACAAAAGAAAAGUACGAAAAAUCACUGAAAGACCUGGAUCAAGUUACACCUCAGUAUAUGGAAAAUAUGGAGCAGGUAUUUGAACAGUGUCAGCAGUUUGAGGAAAAACGUCUGCGUUUCUUCCGGGAAGUGUUACUGGAAGUUCAAAAACACCUUGACUUAUCUAAUGAUGUGAGUUACAAAAAUAUCUAUCGUGAAUUGGAGCAGAAUAUCAAAACAGCAGAUGCUAUUGAAGAUCUGAGGUGGUUUAGAGCUAAUCAUGGUCCAGGGAUGUCAAUGAAUUGGCCUCAAUUUGAGGAUGAAGAGUGGUCUGCAGAUUUCAAUCGUACUCUCAGUAGAAGAGAGAAGAAGAAGGCUUCAGAUGGAGUGACUCUAACUGGUGUCAACCAGACAGGAGAUCAGGCUUCGCAGCAUACCAAGCAUAGCAGCCAUCUUAGUGUCCCGAGUAAUACAGUGCAGUCAUUACAAUCAAGUUACAAUCCCUUUGAAGACGAAGAUGAUACGGGGAGUACUGUCAGUGAAAAGGAGGACAAUAAAAUCAAAAAUGUUAGCAGCUCUGAGAAAAACCAAAGCUACCCUACAGAAUGGUCUGAUGAAGAGUCUAGCAAUCCGUUUUCUUCCACUGAUGCAAAUGGAGACACAAACCCAUUUGAUGAAGAUGCCUCCCCUGCCAUGGAGGUGAGAGUACGAGCACUGUAUGACUAUGAGGGCCAAGAGCAUGAUGAACUCAGCUUUAAGGCUGGGGAUGAGCUAACUAAAACAGAGGAUGAAGAUGAGCAAGGUUGGUGCAAAGGACGUCUGGAUAAUGGACAAGUUGGCUUAUACCCAGCAAACUAUGUAGAAGCAAUCCAGUGACAAAGGAUUAAGUGAUUCUGGAAGUACUAUAAUAACUUUGUAAGCCAGUACCGAACAUGUUGCUCACAAUGAGGGGAACUGAAUGAUGUAUAGAAUGUAUAUAUUUCUUUUAAUGCAAAGGAAUGAUGGAUUGAUAUUGACUUUGUGGUGAUUUAGAGAUAAAAGCUAGAUUUGGCAAUUUGAAAACAAAAUUGUAAUUUGUACACAAUGGAAAACAAAAGGGUCAGGUUGAAAAAUAUAGUACAACAAGGAAAUUCCUCUUUAGCUUCUUUCUUAUCUAUUCUGUAUUGCCAUGUUUUUUGCAUUUUCUAUUCUGGUGCCCUAAUCCACACUAGGUGUGUGGUUUAUCCUGAUUUUCAUUUAAUCAAUUAUUUUAAGUGACCUUCUGUAAUUUUCAACUUGAAUUUUUAAGACUAUUGUCAUUGAUUUUCUGUUUGUUCUUAGCAAUGUCCGAAAGAUGCAGUAUUUUUUUAUUUAAAUCCUGUGUAGGCAAGCACCUUUUUUUUUUUUAUGCUUGGAUUUUUCAAUUAAUACUUAAAUUAUGACAGAUUGAUUCACCAGUCAAGUGAAUGAGAACUUUCCAUGUUGUAAUGUUAAUCUUUCCAUGCUGUCAUCAUGGAUUGAAGUUGUAAAACAAGUAUUGUAUUUAAUAAAUGUCUGUUACAGAAGAUUGUUUUGUAGCAGAUAUAUCUGCAUAUAUUAUGGUUGGGUUUCUAUUGUGAAUGCUAUUUAUGCAUUUUAACGUUUAAAUGUGAGUUUCCCAAAUCGUAAAUCGCAUUCUAAAAGCAAAAAUAACAUAAAAUAUUUAAAACUAUUUCAAUCAUACUCUUGCUGAGCAGUUUACCCUUCUGUAAAUUAUUAAUGGAUUUUAUCAGUGAUUUGGAAGGUUAAACAAGUACGAAGACUAAUUUUCAAGCAAAGGAGACUGUAAAAUAGGCUAAAUUGCUUUUUAUUAAGAGGCUCUUUAUGUUGUGUAUAUGUAUAUAUAAUUUGAUAUUCAAAAAAAUUUAAAGAGCACGUCUACUGUUAAUUUUGUGAGCCUUCUGACUGUUGAUUAGAUUUAGACUCUGCUUGAAAACUUAAAUUAUAGGCAUAUUUAAAUCUGCGUUGUUAUUCCCUAUUAGUUGUGCUGUAUCAUAGAGCAAGUAUUCUGUGAUUCAGAUUCUCAGAAAUAUAGUAAAUACAACAGUAUACUCUAAAUCUGUAUUGGUUGGUAAAUUGUGGAUCCAAAUAUAAACUAGCUUUAGUAGUCCCUAUGUGGAUUAUUGUAGCAGAACACUGUAAAGUCUUCUACAUCUUGUUUGCAGCUACAACUCAGUCAUAUGUAACAGUGUCAAACAGUAUAUACAUUUGUGACAUUUAAAAGCUGGGUUAUACAUGGUCUAGCAGGUUUUUGUCUUUAAAAUAAUCUAAAUCUUAUCAGGUGAGUCAAAAUGCUACGUUAGGAAGCUACACUGUAAUCAAAUUAAGAAAUCUAUUUUCAUGUAAUUAAAACAAUGUAGGUGUUCUUUAGCUAUACCAUUUGCUUUUUGAGAUCAUAGAUAUAUUUAGUCAACAUUUCUAAUGAGUUGAAAUGUACAGGUUUAGGAAGUGGAUGUAUGUAUGUGUCUGUCAUAAAAAUUUACCGGCAUAUUUGCUCAUUCACAAUAUAAAGACUUAACAAAAACUGUCAAGAAUUUGGGGUCUUGGUCUCUGUAUUCUAAAAUAUUUUAGAAAAUUAAUAAAAUCUGUUAAUCUCUUAA